CUCUCUCUAUUCUGAUCACAUAAACCCUAAUUUUUUUUUGCCUACAAAACUAUGGAAAUUGAAGCUACCACUAUUCAGAAACGAAGAAGCAUCCCAACCAUAGCCAUGCACAAACAAUCAAAAACACUAACCAAAUCGAAACCAAAGAUCAGAAUCAUCCACAUAUUCGCACCGGAGAUCAUCAAGACGGACGUCUCCAACUUCCGUGAAAUCGUCCAGAAUCUCACCGGGAAACAAGAUCAUUACCACGAUCUCCACCACCAAAAGGUUGUCAAAAGAAACCCGAUAUCUAGAGUAAGUCAUCACGAUCAUGAUCAUCAUCAUCAUCAUCAAGUCCAUGACAUGAACAAGAGCCAUGGUUUCUGCAUAAACUCAGAAGCAGAAGACGAAGAAGAAGAAGGGAUGGUGUCCAUGACGUGGAACGGACAUGGCGGCGAGAGCUCCGGUGGGUUCUUGAAUGGCUUAGGAGAUUACGACGGCUUCAUUCAGGAGCUAGGUGAAUUCCCUUAUAUGCCCUUGGCCAUUGACUCUGCCGAUGCUUCCUCCCACUUACAUGGCAGCGUUUUCGCAGAGCCUCACCAAUACUCCUAAUUAAACCGUCUAGAGCGGAAACAUUUUUUUAAAUUUCUAUUUAUUCAAGUAGGUUAACUUAAAAUAAAUUUUUAUUUCUUCUUUCUAUACGAGCUUUUUAGCUAGAAGCUAACUAAUUUUUGAUUUUCUCGAAAGUUUGACUUUUAGAUCAUCAUCUUGUGAAUCGUGGGGAGAUUUGGGAUUAUGAUUAUUACGAGUUCUAUUUCUUAGUCAUAUUUUUUUCUUCUCUGGUUUGUAUUUUGAUAUGUGAUUGCCAUAUUAUUUAGGAAGUGUAGGUCUCAAUUGAAUCAUUAGAAAAAUAGAUAUGAAUCAUAAUGGUCAUCUA